ACCAUACCAUAGCGGCAUAGCCACCGAGACGUACGAGGAGAAAGGGAGAAGAGGCACGAGAAGAGGAAUGGGGGAGGGCGCGGCAUGCAGCUUCACGCCGGGGCGCCGGGGGGUGCUGUGGCGGUGGCGCGGCCUCGGCCGGCGCCGUAAGCUCCAGGUCGCCCGGCUCGGCGGCGGCGGCGUAAGCACAAGCGGUGGCCGUGGCCGUUGCCGCGGGCUCCUGCGGCGGCUCCGCCUGCGCUGGCUCCGGCGCGCCGUCCGCAAGCUGGCCGCGAUCUACAUGGCGGCGCUGGCAGGCCCGCCGGCGUGGGUCGGCGUGGAGCCCUGCUUCGCCACGCCCUUCGUCUUCGUCCCCAACGCCCGACCGUUCUUCUUGUGAAGCCGCCGACCUGCUGCCUUGCCGGCCGGGCAGAGCUUUUAGGGAAGACUGCCGAGUGCCGACACCCGUGAUCUUGGCAUGAUUUGCAUGCGCAAAACUCUGCUUGAUUCCUGUCCUUGCUGUCGUAAUUUCGCUUGCGUAACAAGUUCCCGUUUGUCUCAAAUUUGUCAAUAAUUCGCUCUACAGUCAGGGAAGCAAAUACUCAUUCGAACUUUGCAGGUAAAAAAGCAAAAACUCUCUCAGUUCAAAAGUACUACUAUAAAGUGUAGAGGUUAUUUUUUAAAAAGAUCAAACUUCUCUAUAUUUGAAAAUUUUAUAGGACAAGAUUACAUUGACGACUUCCUGGCCGCUGCUACUACAAGAUUCUGUGGGUUUAAACAAGUUUGCUCCACUCAAACAAAGAAGACUCCGGCACCUCUGAAAAUUUGCAUGUAUUUUACAAUUUCUAUAAAGGUCUUUUUCUAAUAGUUUAUGCUAGUUAACAUAUGUCCUUUGGCCUUUUCAUCACACAAAAAAGUAAGCAAUUGUGGGAUUUUCAAAAGAGUCUUUUAAACGGCAUUGCAAUCCACAUUUGAAAAUCAAACUCUGACAUUUCAAAGAGAACCCUGCACUAGUCUCUUCAGGGAGGAAAACCGACCCAUAGGAUCACAUCUCAGAUCGCAAC